UUAUAACUCAAAUAAAAAUAGUCUAAAUAAGACAUGUCGCAGUUCAUGGAGUGUGACAGUGUCACAUCAUUACAAGACCGAAUCGCACACCUGUGCUACAACCACUAUGCUCACCUGCCCAAAAAAGGCAAACCACAAAAGAAUAAAGAAUGGACGCUUAUGGCAGCUGUUGUUCUUCAGAAGCAAAGUGGGAACACAGAGUCUGAAUUGAAGGUGGUGUCAAUGGGAACAGGAUCAAAGUGCUUAGGAGAGUCCAGAAUGUCUGAAGCAGGUGAAGUAGUUAAUGACAGUCAUGCAGAAGUCAUUGCUCGGCGAGCAUUUCUCCUCUAUCUAUAUGAAGAGCUAAAACAGGUCUAUCUUAAAGAGGGCAGUGAAAUAUUCACAGAGCCAUCUAACAAAGCAGGAUACAGAUGUUGUUUAAAGCCUGAUAUCAUCUUCCAUUUCUUCUGUAGUCACACCCCAUGUGGUGAUGCAUCAAUUUUCCCAAAGACCGAAGUGCAUUCAGAAACACCACUUAUAAAAGACUGCACAAAUAUAAGAAAGAGACAUAGUCAGGAUGCAUAUUUUCAAGAAGCAAAGGUGGUAAAGUUAGAUGAUGUUGUGUCUGUAAGCAGUAGUAGAGAUAACACUUUAAGUUGUAAGGAAGUGGAUGGAGAAGAGAGUAAAAACAACAACAAAAAAGAUGCAUUGUCAUUCACCUGCCAUGACAGUGUGUCUCCUGUAGAAGGGAAAGCGGAGAGUAUCGCUGUUAAAUUCGUAUGGCCUGGAACACAUGCAGUAGAUAGAAAUGAUCAUGUUUCUGACACUUCAAGAUGGGAACACCACGAAGAUGUGUUACCACUGGGUCAGUCUGAUGCUCAAACACUUUCUGUCAGAAGACCCAAGGUGGCUGAGAAUGUAUAUGAGCAGGACAAGGCACAGAGUGAUCAUGGAGGUCAGACCAUGUCAGGAAGGAUGGAAUGUUUGAGAGAUGUGCACAGAACAGGUGCUAAGUGUGUGCCGGGUGGGCACCAGGACCUCCAUCUCAGUGGGGAAGGUUAUCACAGGCUGGGUGUGCUUCGAACCAAACCAGGAAGAGGGGAAAGAACUCUGUCCAUGUCAUGCAGUGAUAAAAUGGCCCGCUGGAAUGUGCUGGGCUGUCAAGGAUCAUUGCUGUCUCAUUUUUUGGAGAAGCCUCUCUACUUUGAGACAGUUAUUAUUGGCAAGUGUCCAUGGAGUGAGGAGGCACUUCAGCGUGCCUUGUAUAACAGAAUUUCUGCAUUCAGCACCAAAGCUCUUCCUGGUGGGUUCUACCCUCACUGUCCCAAGUUCCUGCAGUCCAGUCUUCAGUUUGAGCACAGCUGCAUCAGUGUUGAGAGCAACCUUGGCAUAGACACGGUGGAUGAUAGUCAUAUUGUACCAUGUGCCUCAUCAAUAGUAUGGUACUCAUCACACCAAAAAGAUGGGAAACUUGAAGUUAUUGUGAAUGGAAGGAGACAGGGGGUGACAAAAAAGGAUAUGAACAGACUACAAGCAAGGAGUUGCAUUAGCAGUUCUUCCAUGUUGGUUCAAUUUAAAGAACUACUAAAACAGGUGCCACAAAAUGUGCAGCCACUGUCAGUCAGAAUGCUAGAUAAAGGGAAAGGUCUGGACAAGGCCACAUAUGAUCAAUGCAAGAAGUCUUCAGUUCAUUAUCAAACAGCAUGGAGCCAACUUUUUCAGGCACAACUACACACUUGGCUACGGAAGUCAAGAGAUAAAUAUUACAGUUUUGCUUAAAGAAGUUGAGUUAAAUAUUCAGUUAUCUAGGAGUACAAAAAGUUACACAUACACUGGUUUGUAUUGAUGUUGGAAGGCAGUAAAGAGAGGUGGGCAGGGGAAAUUGUGCAUUUAUAUUGUGUGUAUUGAAAUCAUGGAAAAUUGUUGUAAUUGGCUGACAUUUAGGUUUCAUUCUUUCAUGUAGUUAUAUUUCAAUUCAAAGAAUACAGCUUUUUUAUGAUGGAAAUCUU